AAAUAUGGAGUUUUAUUUUUUAAAUCAUGGUUACCAAAAGUAUAUUUUUCAACUAUGGAAUUAUUAAGAAAAAGCUCUUUAGAAACAGCUGUAAAACUUUAUAAUCAUGAUCUUAAUGAAGCAAUAAUAAUGUGUAAAGAACAAAAUAUACUAAAUAUUGAAAAGAAAUUAGAAGAAAUAUCUCAAAAGUUUUUAACUUUAUCUAAGGAUACAAGUGCAUGA